UUUACACUAAAGCUGGGGUGGAAUGAAUGGCGGCUCUUCCUUUUUCCACCCUUGUAGCUGCUCUCUGUCAUGGCCUCUGAUGGGUCCCCGCCCAGGCAGCGUCCCAAGAAGAAGAAGGACAGCCGUCCAAAGAAGGGGGCUGAAGCUCCAGAGGUCUUGGAGGUGCAAGCAGACAUUGAGGGUCUCACUGCCUCUGGACACAGUGCUCUGCUCAAGGGAGACUGCACAGAAGCCCUGGGCUUCUUCAAGAAGGCCUUCAAAGCGUCGUUGGAGCUGAAGGAGACCCGAGCCCAGCGGGCCUGUGCCUUUAAUCUUGGUGCAGCCUACGUGGAAGCGGGCAAACCUCAGAAGGGUUUGGAUUUUCUGAAGCGAGCCCAGCCUGGUGAGAAGAAGGAGCGAGUAGCAGACCUCCAGUUUAAUCUUGGUGCAGCCCAUGAGGCUAUGAAAGAGCCGGCGCAGGCAGCAGUGCACUACCUGCAGGCCGCCCAGCUGUACCGCUCCCAAGGCGACGGGGGUAGUGAAGGCGAUGCCUGCAUGAAGCUGGCCCACUGCCACCUCCUUGUUCAGGACUGGGCACAGGCAGCUCAGAAUUUCCAGAGGGCUGGGGAGAGCUACAGGUUGGCAGGCAAGCUGGAUUCUGCUGCCAUGGCCCUGAAAGAAGCUGGCAAUCACAUGCUUCAGAGUGAUGACUUCACAGAGGAUGACAUCAUUACAGUGCUCACAGAAUGUCUGGAGUUGACUGUAACUGUCAAGGAUGAAGAGAUUCUGGGUAAACUGUAUAAUGACCUAGGCCUGAGCUUCUCCCAGCUGAAGCUGUUCCAGGAAGCAGCAGAGUGUUUCGAGCGAGCCCUGCCCCUAUCCCAGACCAAGCCUCAACGGCUGGCAGUGGUUCUGCAGAACCUGGGUGCAGUCCACAACACACUGGGCCAGUACCAGCAGGCUCUGGAUUACCACCGAGAAGCUGCCGCCCUGCAUGGGUCUCUCGGCAGCCGCAGUGCUCAAGGUCAGUGCUUCAGUAACCUGGCGUUUGCCCUCAGUCAGCUGGGGGAACACGAGGAGGCAGGGGAGAAUUACCUUCAUGCCCUGCAGGCCUUCAAAGACACAGAUGACCACAAAGGGCAGUGGCAGGCCUGUGAGGGGCUUGGGGCAACCAGGAUUCGACUGGGAGACCCAGAGAGAGCCACUAUCUACUACAAACAGGCCCUGGGGCUGCUGUCCAAGUGCGAAGACAUUCCCAGCUCAGCCCAAGAAAGGCUGGUAAACAAGCUGACUGAUGCCCUCCAGUAUAAGCUGUCCUUGCAGAGCCGGCUGUCCCAUGGAAGGGGGUUGGCCCCUGCUCCGCCUCAGAAGGGUUCCUUGGAGAGAAAAGCCAUUUCCAGGGGAACCCGCCAAGACGGUCAGGCACCACGCAGGAUGGCUGGCAUUAAGGGUUCAAAGCAAGGUGAACUCCAGUCCACGUCAGGCCCUCCAGUCCAGCAGUUUGAGUUCAGCCACCAACCCAAGGAAGAGUCCUUAAGCAGGCUCAGAGAGGAAGAUGGGUCUCAGGCUGGAACGGCUGAAGCUUCAGAGCAGAGGAGGGAGCAGGGGGCUCCGGUGCUGCAAAGAGAGGAGGGUGACAGCGACACAUUCACUGCAGUGACUCAGUCAGAUUCGCAGUUCAGCAAUCCCCACAUGGAGCUGCCCAACUAUCAGACUGCACUGCCAGGGGCCAACAGUGACCCUCCACUGGCUCAGAGCUCAGAGCUAUCGCUCACUGAAGGGACUGACACUGAAGAGACCAUACCCCUGUACAGGAAAUGGAAGUCCCGGGUGUGCACAGUCAUGUGA